GGAACCGGGCUCAGAAAGAGUCAACUGUUUUUUCUUUUGAUCCUUUUUUAUUUGAUCUUUUUACGGAAUGUUUAAUAUUAUUAUGAGUUUUGCUCAUCCUGCCAUGCCAUUUUAUGAUUCUCUUUAUCUGAUUCUCUUUUUAUCUCUUCGAUCUCAACAUGAACAACUGUAUAUCUUUCUUGAAUCAAAUAAUUGAGAAUGUUUACUCGUUAUUAUAAUUUUUCUUGUCUUUCAAUUCGUAAAUUCAAAGUUUAUUUUGUCUCCUAUGUUUGUGGCGAUUGAAGUGAUUAAGAGAAGUUCAGAAUUUUUACUUGGCUGUUAUUCAUUCCACAUUAAGGUUGAGGAGAAAAUGAAUCUGUUGGAUUCAAAUUAACUGAACUAAGAGGUUUGAGUGAAUUUGAAGAAAGUAAGUUUGCAUCUUCGUCAUUGGAUCCGAAUCAAAAGAAAAACAAACUGUAAUUCCUCACACACUGUUUCAUUUUCCAAUUCACCUUUCUGUAUUGUCUUGUUGAACGUUGUUUCUACUUUCAUUUCGAUAAUGGAAGUAAAGAUCAGUGGAACAUGCACGUAUUGGUCACAACAUUUACCAUCACAAUCUGCAUCUUCUAGUUCUUCUUCCCAUACACCAUUUGCUUCUGCGAUUUCAUCUACUUCUACACAUAUGAGAAAUCGGAAACCUCCGGUAGCUUGUCGAAUUGUUCAUAGUUCUCAAUCUUCUUCCGUCUCGCGGAGAACUUCUAUUAAUAAGCUCUCUCAAACUCAAUCGUUCCGGAGUCCGAAAUCUAGAGGCAGCAAUCUUAGAAGACCUGUGAGUAGUUCAGAUGAAUUCUUUGAUGAUGGAUUUAGUAGAGAGAUUCAAGAAUUGGCCCUUAAAUUGAAUAUAGUGGGUGAUAAUGAAGAUGCGAAGUUGGGUAGAGAUCAUUCUGCGGUUUCCAGAGAUAUCAAAGGUGAAAGCAGCAAUUACACUACUUAUAAUAGCUUUGAUGAAGAACUUGCAAAGAUGGGUGAGACUAUUAAUAAUCUUGUUCAGAAUAGCAGGCCAUUUCCACCUUUAAGUAUGAAUUGUGCAGAUUCUACUUCGUUUAUUGGAAUUGGGCCUAAUCCAAUCGGUUGGGCAGGAGGUUUAAGCUAUAUGAAUGCUGCCAACAUUGAGAUGAAGGCUAGUAGUGCUGAUAUUCCUUUGUCUCUUCGGAUUCUAAGGAGAAAGAAUCAGUGGAAAGAAGGUUUUAAAGAAGCUGGGGGGUCGGCAUGUUGCUCAAUAAAGAAAGCGUUCUCUUCGAUGGUGUUUAUACUUCGAGAGCUUCAUAGUUACACAUUACAGAUGAGAGAGUUGUUAUACUAUGAGGAUCUUCAAGGCAUUCUAGCUCGAGUACAUAGGGAAAUGCAUGACUCAUUUGUUUGGUUAUUUCAACAGAUCUUUUCGCACACACCAACCCUCAUGGUUUCUGUUAUGAUCCUUAUGGCAAAUUUUAUUGUACAUUCAAUGGCACAAAAUGCUGCAAUUGCAGCUUAUCCGAGUUUAGAGUCUUACUCGGCAAUCACAGAAAUUGUAUCUACUGUGAUAGAAGAUCAAAAUCAGCCUCAGGAUCAUCAGGAUGAGUCAGCAUUAGAUACGUCUUCAAGUGGGAAGACUACUUUUCUUGGAGGAAAUAAAGGAGGUGGUGGUAAUGUUAGAUCAAUUACAGGUAGUGGGGCCGAUGGUGGUGAUGGGGGAUUCCAUGGGUUCUCAUCAAUUAGCCAUCACAACAACAUUGCUCCUGAUGAGAUUUCAAAGAUGGCGUCUCUUGGGAAUCCAUCGACUUCGUCCACAGAUCAAGAGGCAGAUUGGUUGGAAUCCGACAUAAAUCAAGACGGGUUGAGAGAGGAUGAGAUGACGCUGUGGAAUUCAGUAGUUAAAGAAGCUUCUCAAAUGCAACAAUCUAGGGAUUCCAUUCUUGAUCAUGAGACUAUGAGAAGUUUUGUGUCGCUAGUAAAGGUGGAAACUGAUUCUGAUUUUACCAAUGGUAAGUUCUUUAGAACGGAGCUUAUUUAUCAGCAAGCUCUUUUAAAAGAGCCUCACAAUGCCCUUCUCCUUGCCAAUUAUGCUAAGUUCCUGCACCUCGUCGUCCAUAACCAUGACAGAGCCGAGGAGUAUUUCAAGAGAGCAGCUGAUAUAGAGCCAGUUGAUGCAGAAUUGUUAAGUCAUUAUGCGACUUUCUUGUGGACAGUAAAGAAAGAUAUUGGGGCAGCUGAGGAAAGAUAUUUGGAGGCAAUUGAGGCAGAUCCGGGCAAUAUGUUCCAUGCAAGUUCCUACGCUAAUUUUUUGUGGAAUACAGGUGGAGUGGACACUUGCUUCCCUCUCGGAUCUCUUGACGAAAAUGAAGCUUGAAAAUUACAAAAUACUACUAUUAUAAUAAUAAAUUUCGGAUAUGAAAAGAAAGAGGGUGUAAUGCUACGGAUAAUAAUCUUACCUCACCCACCCCAGUAGUUUUUCUGCUUCCCAUUCUAGUGAUAGGGAGAGAACUAGAGGGAUUCAGAAAGAAUGGAGAUGUUGAGAUGAGGACUGGAGAGAUGUGGUGAGAUGACAGGUUUGCGAGUCAAGUAGGCUCAAGCUCGAUGUAACUACAAUUUUGCUGUGUUUUACUUAUCAGUUAUCUUCUGCAGAAUCAGCAAUUGUAUAACAGAAAACAAAAUUUACAAUAAAAAAUGCAAAUUCAUUUUUUUUAUUUAA